CUGGACCAGUGUCCUGCCCUACGUGGUCGGUGAACCACAUCGACGACGUCACGUAGCCCACCUCCUGGCCUCGGUUGCCCUCUACCUUGGUGAUGGAGAGACUGCCAUGGAGGUCCUGCGGCAUUUGGAACGUGAGGUAGUUCUAUUUAUGUUUUCAUUGCAGUUCUCUCACACUAACCAGUUUUGGAACUUACUCAAUAUGGCUAUUACCAUGUCCGGGGAGCUGCGUCUCACGAGGUUCCUCCUUCGACGCGUUGCACGGGUACGUUUAUCACAUCUUUUAGGCUACUCACUAUGCAUCACUCUACUCACGGAUAUUCGCUCCCGACACCCGGAGGUGCCACUGAUCUCCUUGCUUUUGGCGAUAUGUUUUCUCAAUAUUUCUGUACAUAAACACAUCUUCUCGCGACACAAGACUAUUCUCCAGUGUAUCGGCUUUCUGAGUGAAUACCGCCGUCUGCGAGGAGAAUGCCAAGAGGUCUACUAUAACAUUGCCAGAUCCUGUCACCAGCUCGGUAAGUUGUCUGCUAACGUUUCUGUGCUUGACCAGCAUUUGUCUCCACCUGAAGGUCGAUAG